AAUUGAGAUUGGACGCCAUCUGCACUCGACAACGCCAAGGCAAAAGAGACAGAGAGUAACGCCAUUACAAUAAUUUCGUUGUUGUACACCCAUUUCAGCGACUUGAGAGUAAUCUUACGUCGACUGCCAGUCCUGCAUAACAACAGACAAUCUGUCGCACAUCGAAACCAACUACAUCAUCGCCGUAUAAUCUAGACCCGACGACAAGAUGCCCAAGUCACCCUUCUCUCCGGGCUCAAGCCGCACCACAUUCUCAUCCGUUGGCCGCAUGCCUGUCAUUGCUGAAGACGACUCACUCCCCGCCGUCACACACCCAAACAUGGCUGCCCUUCCUCCACCACCGCCAUGCCGCAGCACGAAACCGAAAUACUACGGCCGCUCGCCAGUACCACGAGCUAUCAACUCGCAUCCGUCCUACCCUCCCCCGGCCUAUUCUCGCAGCUCGUCUCGCGACAGUACCCUUAGCACUCUGAGCACGCGCAGCCUACUCAGCGCAGGCAGCUAUGGCAGCCGUCCGAGCUCGGGCACAUCCACACCCAGGCUUUCUCCAAGGAAUUCUCUCAAGGACAAGUCUCGGCUCCUUCCCAUCACUACGCCUGUAGGGCCAUCAUCAGCCGCGGAGAAGGGCAAGAAGGGACCCUGGAUCGCUCGCCGCGGUAACAGAUACCGCAUGAUAGUUGCCCUUAUUCUUGGAAUUGGUCUGAUUGUUGGUUUGUCGGCUGGUCUGACUGUUGGAAUGCGCAGUCCACCUCCUCCAACAACGUCUGAUACCACCACGAACUCAACCACCCUAUUUCCAUCUGGCUCUUUCGCCUUCAACACGGCUCUGUUAGAGUCCAAUACUGGGUGCACCGCCAACCCAUCGACGUGGCGCUGCUACCCAUACCAAAACUACUCUCAAUCCGCAAACGACUCUCUCGCAUCCUUCUUCUGGACAAUCUCCCCGAAGAACUCCUAUACCUACCAGGUCUCGUCCUCCUCGAACCCCUUUGCCCCGCAGUUCACAAACCAGACAAUGGUACUGCUCGAAGGAAACACACUCAACGAGCGUCUCAUCUUCAAUUUCUCCCUCCCAAGGACCGUGGUCCCGUCCGAGGCAAUCACCGAAGACGGACGCGCUGCGACCUGUACUUUCUCCGACACGGCCUUCCGCGCAACUCUCUGGACGAGACGCAACACGACCACGCCGCUCGGGACUGUUGCGUCUGGGGCGAACGCGACAAGCACUGAUGGAAACGUCAAGUGGGGACCGUGGCCCGGCCAAGUAGAAAUCGUGCAGGUCAAGAAAGGGGGCCCAGAGUGCCAGGAUAAAGCUGGCAACGCUGUCACGGUCGCGGCGGGGAAGGAGCAGUGUAAGUGCAGAUAUGCCAACUACGACCUGACUUCGCAACAGAAGGCGAGGAGAGAUUGGCAGGCAUAAGAAAAUUCGGUACUUUUGCAUUGAAGAUUACAUGGGCUUCGGCGUUUGGGUUUUGCAUUUUGUGAGAUGUACAUAGCAAGAGGAGUUUUGGAUGGCAUAGGCAUUACUGCUAGACUUUUGAAAAGAUACCCAAUAUUGGAAG